ACCUAAGCUCCGUAUUUGCAAUUGCAACUGCAGCUAGCACGAGAGUCUCUUACGUGGCUUUUCGGGAGAUCCGAGUGUGCCUCGCACACGGUGUGAUAUUCGCUGGCACGCAAGUGUGCACCGAGUCGCCGAUAAUAGUCGGAGAGCAUCGCUAUGAAGACCCUCAUAUUGCUGUUUGGUAUAACGACGAUGGCGUACGCACAACUCAAUAGGUUUACGACUCCGUAUCCGCAGCCGACGCAAUAUUACAAUCCCAACUACUACGGUCGACCUUACUACGCCAUAUUGCGACAAACGCAAGACUCCUCGCCGGACGGAUCGUACUCUUACAGUUACGACACGGAAAAUGGAAUUUCCGUAGCAGAAGCGGGACAGCCGAAAAACAUCGGGCCUAAUCAGAUCGAAUCGGUCAGAGGUCAAUACAGUUACACAGCUCCGGACGGCACGCCGAUCUUGGUCACCUACACGGCUGAUGAAAAUGGCUUCCUGGCGAGUGGCGCCCACUUGCCGACACCGCCGCCGAUACCAGUGGCGAUACAACGCGCCCUCGCAUAUAACGCGGCUCACCCCGAAGAGGAGGAGCCUUACAGAAGAUAUUAAAGCUCGCUAUGUCUACCCCUAUGUCUACGUUACGGCCGCUCGACGCAUCGAUAUAUUAACGUCAAGUGCAAUCAGAAAUUAUUUAAUACGCAAGAUAAACACAAUCUUCUAUUUAACAAUAGCAACGAGAAAUUAUAAUAAAAACUAAACCAUACUCGCGUUGUUUGAUAUUCGCCGUAAACGUGCUAUAUUUCUUGUGUAUUGUAUACGAAUAGAUCUUAUAAUGUAUAUACGUACAUGUAUAUUUGCGAUGAGAACAAUUAUGCAUAACGUCGUGUGUCGUCGUGAUGUAAUAAAUUACGAUAAAUUGCGACACAA